AUGAGUUCCGGAUUCAUAACCGAAUCUGAGGCAGCAGAAAUAAGAAAAACAAGGCAAGAAGAAUGGGAAAAGGUUCGAAAACCUUCAGAUCCUUUAGUUCGCCCAGAAGAACAAUAUGACAACAGGAGUCUAUUUGAAAAAUUACAGGACCAGAAACAGAAAAGAGAUUUGGAGUAUGAAGAAGCCCACAAAUUGAAGAACAUGAUAAAAGGGCUUGAUGAUGAUGAAAUUGAGUUCCUUGAUCUAGUAGAUCGCACAAAAAUAGAAGCAAAUCGCAAAAAAGAGUUGGAAGAGGAAAAAGAACUACAUGAUUAUAGAAACCAAGUAUCUAUCUUACAAGAAAAGUCCAUUGAUGAAAGGCUCCAGACAGACAUUGUGGUUGCCAAGAGAAAAAUUCACACUAACAAUGUGAAUUCACAGCAGAAGUUAUUGAAGGGUGUUGUAAUAAAGAAGAAUGAAAACAAAAAGAGGAAAGUGAAUGAAGGUGAUGAAAGUUCCCAGGCCAUGGAUAAUAAGACAGAAGAUAAGAAAAAUGAGCCAAAUCCUGGGGACACCAUGAUGCCCUCCAACGCCACUAUCGAAUGUGUGGCAAUACUUCCAGGUCUGGGGUUUUAUAAAGACUCUUCUUCUGAAGACAACAGCUCAGAAUCUGAAGAAGAAAGCUGUCCGGUGGCUAGACGAGACUUGUGCGGAAGAAAAAUCGAAAUAGUGAAAAGUCAUUCGGAUGAAAAAAAAUAGUUGUAGGAAUAUGAAUAUAUAAAUAUUUCAUGAUAUUUGAGAUGAGAUUUUGUUUUAGAUGCAAUGUGUUUUGUCUCUUAUCGUAUAAUCUUCUUAUAUAUCGUCGUUGUUUUUGUUCAAGGGGUGAUUGCUUGUGA